UAUAUAUGCCACACUCUAGCUUCUUUCUCAGUUAUUCAUUUCUUCUCCAAUUCUCUGCUUCCCUUUCUGUCUCUGUGCGAUCCUCAUCAAAACCCUAAUCUUGAUCGCGAAGAAGCUCAAAUUUCCUCUGAUCACUCUCGAAAAAUCGAAGUUUGACGAUCCGAUCGCCGUCAAACCGCCCCUACAAAACGUUCCUCACUUCAAUUUUAGUUGCCGCAGAAUUUUAAUUUCCCCAAUUCAGUCUCUGCUCUUCGAUCAAUUCUUGGUUUUUUAGUGAUUGAUCGGGUACCAAUUCAAGGCGGUUCUCAAUCGUGCAAUGCUUUCAGUUCCAAUAUGAAGUUAAAGAGAAGGAGGGCGGUUGAAGUGCCCCCAAAAAUUAGAUCCUUCAUCAAUAGGGUCACUGCUGUUCCCUCUGAGAAUAUAGAGGAACCUCUGAAAGGUUUCAUCUGGGAGUUCGAUAAGGGAGAUUUCCAUCAUUGGGUUGCUUUUAACCAUUUUGAUUCAUUUUUUGAGAAGCACAUAAAAUCCAGGAAGGAUUUGCAGGUUGAUGAUAAUUUUCUAGAGACUGAUCCUCCGUUUCCAAGAGAAGCUGUUCUUCAAGUUCUCCGUGUAAUAAGGAUAAUUUUGGAGAAUUGCACAAAUAAGCACUUCUACAGUUCUUAUGAGCAGCAUCUUUCAUCUCUGCUUGCUUGCACUGAUGCGGAUGUGGCUGAGGGUUGCCUGCAGACAUUGGCUGCAUUUUUAAAGAAAACAGUUGGAAAGUAUUCCAUUAGAGAUGCUGCACUAAAUUCAAAGUUAUUCGCUCUUGCACAAGGUUGGGGGGAAGAAGAGGGUCUUGGAUUAAUUGCUAGUGUAAUACAGAAUGAUUGUGACCCUGUUGCUUACAAGUUAGGCUGCACCCUUCAUCUUGAGUUCUAUGCAUCAAAUGAUUCAACAGGCGACAUCCCUGCCAACCAAGGUUUACAAAUCAUUCACUUACCUAACAUCAAUACUCAUCCAGAGACGGAUCUUGAGCUUUUGUGUAAGUUAAUUGCCGAGUACAAAGUACCCUCUAGCUUAAGAUUUUCUUUAUUGACAAGAUUGCGGUUUGCAAGGGCUUUUGGCUCUGUAGCUACUCGGCAGCAGUAUGCAUGCAUCCGCUUGUAUGCCUUCAUAGUUCUUGUUCAAGCAAAUAGUGAUGCUGACGACCUUGUUUCUUUCUUCAACACUGAACCUGAGUUUAUCAAUGAAUUAGUGUCGUUGUUGAGCUUUGAGGAUGUGGUUCCUGAGAAAAUUCGAAUUCUCUGUCUUCUUUCACUGGUUGCUCUUUGUCAAGAUCGAUCCCGGCAGCCUACUGUUUUGACUGCUGUCACAUCUGGUGGGCAUCGUGGUAUCCUGUCCAGUCUCAUGCAGAAGGCCAUUGAUUUUGUCACCAAAGAUACGUCAAAGUGGUCUGUUGUUUUUGCUGAGGCUCUAUUAUCUCUUGUCACAGUUUUGGUGUCAUCAUCAUCAGGUUGUUCAGCCAUGCGUGAAGCUGGUUUUAUUCCCACCCUUCUGCCUUUGCUUAAAGAUACAAACCCGCAACACCUUCAUUUGGUCAGCACAUCUGUGCACAUUUUAGAAGCUUUUAUGGAUUACAGUAAUCCUGCUGCUGCAUUGUUUCGGGAUUUGGGUGGUUUAGACGAUACAAUCUCUCGCCUACAGGUGGAAGUGUCUCAUGUAGAAAAUGGCUCAAAGCAUGAAGAUGAUGAUUCUGACAUCAUUGGGAGUAGUGCACAAGUAGCUGUAGGAACUUCUACAGAGCUAGACAGCAUGCAGCCUUUGUAUUCAGAACCACUGGUUUCAUAUCACAGACGAUUGCUUAUGAAAGCUCUAUUGCGUGCUAUAUCCCUGGGGACUUAUGCCCCUGGAAGUACUGCUCGUGUUUAUGGCUCAGAGGAGAGUCUAUUGCCACAAUGCUUAUGCAUAAUAUUUAAAAGGGCAAAGGAUUUUGGUGGUGGGGUAUUCUCACUUGCGGCAACUGUCAUGAGUGAUCUAAUACACAAAGAUCCUACCUGUUUUCCAGUUUUAGAUGCAGCAGGCCUUCCUUCUGCCUUCUUGGAUGCUAUAAUGGAUGGUGUUCUUUGCUCUGCAGAAGCCAUUACAUGCAUACCACAGUGUCUAGAUGCCCUAUGUUUAAAUACUACUAAUGGUCUUCAGGUUGUGAAAGAUCGCAAUGCUUUGAGGUGCUUUGUGAAGAUAUUUACUUCAAGAACUUAUCUGAAGGCCCUGACCAGUGACACACCAGGUUCGUUAUCUAGUGGAUUGGAUGAGUUAAUGCGCCAUGCUUCAUCAUUGCGUGGGCCUGGAGUGGAUAUGCUGAUUGAGAUCUUAAAUGCCAUUUCAAAAAUUGGACAUGGGGUUGAUGCUUCAUACAUGUCAAUUGAUCCUUUGGGCUCUUCUACUCCUGUUCCCAUGGAAACAGAUGGAGAAGAGAGGAAUUUGGUCGUGUCUGAUAACGGGGAAUCAUCCAAAACGGAAAGUUCAGAGCAGACUGUGGAGCCACCUUCUGAUUCUUCAGUGGGGAAUGUUGAAAUAUUUCUUCCUGACUGUGUGAGCAAUGUUGCUCGUCUUCUUGACACAAUACUUCAGAAUGGUGACACAUGUCGUAUAUUUGUGGAGAAGAAGGGGGUUGAAGCUGUCCUGCAGUUAUUUACCUUGCCCUUGAUGCCUCCUUCUGUUUCAGUUGGCCAGAGUAUUUCUGUCGCAUUUAAGAACUUCUCACCACAACAUUCUGCUUCUUUGGCUCGGGCAGUAUGUUUAUUCUUGAGAGAGCAUCUGAAAUCAACAAAUGAACUUUUUGUUUCAGUUGGAGGGACUCAACUUGCUUUGGUGGAAUCUGCGAAGCAAACUCAAGUUUUGAGACAUCUUUCCAGUCUUGAAGCUAUUCUGUCUCUGUCUAAUGUUCUGUUGAAAGGGACGACUACUGUGGUGUCUGAACUGGGUGCAGCAGAUGCUGAUGUAUUGAAAGAUCUCGGGAACACCUACCGGGAAAUAAUUUGGCAAAUCUCUCUGUGCAAUGAUGUCAAGUCAGAUGAGAAGACCAAUGCUGAACAAGAACCAGAGAGUGCUGAGGCAGCUCCGACUAAUGCUUCUGGAAGGGAGAGUGAUGAUGAUGCUAAUAUUCCAAUGGUGAGAUAUAUGAACCCAGUUUCUAUCAGGAAUCAGCCCUUGUGGGGUGGAGAACGCGAGUUUCUAUCAGUUGUUCGCUCUGGUGAAGGUUUGCACCGUCGUAGUCGUCAUGGUUUUACACGCAUAAGGGGUGGAAGGACAGGCCGGCAUUUGGAGGCUUUAAAUGUUGAUUCUGAAUCUUCCUCAACAGUAUCAGAGACAUAUACUUCCCAAGAUUUGAAAAAGAAAAGUCCUGAUGUUCUUGUGAUAGAAAUCCUCAACAAGCUGGCUUCCACACUGCGUUCCUUCUUCACAGCUCUUGUCAAGGGAUUCACAUCACCAAAUCGGCGUAGAGUUGACUCUGGGUUGUUGAGUUUGGUUUCCAAGACUCUUGGAACUGCCCUAGCUAAAAUAUUUCUCGAGUCUCUUAGCUUCUCUGGGCAUUCUACAUCAACUGGGCUCGAUACAUCACUGUCAGUCAAGUGUCGAUAUCUUGGCAAAGUUGUCGAUGAUAUGGUAUCGCUUACAUUUGACAGCAGGCGACGUACUUGUUAUACUGCAACAGUCAAUAAUUUCUAUGUCCAUGGUACUUUUAAGGAGCUGCUUACAACAUUUGAAGCUACUAGUCAGUUGUUGUGGACACUACCAUACUCCGUGUCAACGUCAGGUAUUGAUCCUGAAAGGACAGGUGAAGGAAGUAAACUGUCCCACAGUUCGUGGCUGCUUGAUACUUUACAGAGCUAUUGCCGUGUGCUCGAGUAUUUUGUUAAUUCUUCUUUACUCUUAUCCACAACCUCUGCUUCUCAAGCACAGUUGCUUGUUCAGCAGCCAGUUGCAGUUGGUUUGUCAAUUGGGCUUUUCCCUGUGCCAAGGGAACCAGAAGUUUUUAUUCGUAUGCUGCAGUCUCAAGUUCUUGAUGUGAUACUUCCUGUCUGGAACCACCCUAUGUUUCCAAAUUGUAGUCCAGAUUUCAUUGCUUCUAUUGUCUCGCUUGUCAUGCAUGUAUAUUCUGGUGUUGGAGAUGUGAAGCAGAAUCGCAGUGGCAUUGCUGGAAGUACAAACCAGCGAUUGACCCCACCACUUGAUGAAAAUACUAUUACCACCAUUGUUGAGAUGGGUUUUCCAAGGGCUAGGGCAGAGGAAGCUCUUAGGCGGGUGGAAACAAAUAGCGUUGAAAUGGCCAUGGAGUGGCUCUUUAGUCAUCCUGAGGAUCCUGUGCAGGAUGAUGAUGAACUGGCUCGAGCACUUGCUCUUUCACUGGGAAAUUCAUCAGAUGCAUCUAAAGCUGAGAGUGUUGAAAAGUCUGUUGAUGUGCUGGCAGAAGAGGGUUGUGUGAAAGCUCCUCCUGUUGAUGAUGUCCUUGCAGCGUCGGUUAAAUUACUUCAAAGUAAUGAUACCAUGGCAUUCCCUUUGACAGAUUUGCUUGUGACACUUAGCAACCAGAACAAAGGGGAAGACUGUCCAAGAGUUGUAUCUUAUCUUACUCAGCAGCUAAAGAAUUGUCCAUUGGAUUUUUCUAAUGAUACCAGUGCGUUGAGUAUGGUGUCGCAUGUUAUUGCAUUACUUCUUUCUGAGGAUGGAAGCACAAGGGAAGUCGCUGCACGGUAUGGUAUUGUGACUACUGCAACAGAUAUCUUGAUGAACUUUAAGGGCAAAGAUGAGUCAGGCAAUGAGCUUCUUGUCCCAAAAUGUAUCAGUGCUCUGCUGCUUAUUUUGGAUAACAUGUUGCAAUCAAGGUCCAGAAUUUCUGAAAAGGUUGAAGAUACUCAGACAGGGCCUUUACCUGAAUUAUCUGGAGAGCGUAUGUCAAUCCCUGCAUCAGAUACAGAGAAAAAACAGCUUAUGGAUGCCUAUGAAAAGGAUUCUGCCACAGCAUUUGAAAAAAUAUUGGGGAAAUCUACCGGUUAUUUGACUAUGGAAGAGAGUCAUAAAGUGCUAGCAGUUGCUUGUGACUUGAUAAAGCAGCAUGUCCCAGCAAUGAUCAUGCAGGCUGUUUUACAAUUAUGUGCUCGCUUGACAAAAACUCAUGCUCUAGCUUUACAAUUCCUUGAAGGAGGCUUGGCAGCUCUAUUUGGCCUUCCAAGAAGUUGUUUUUUCCCGGGAUAUGAUACUGUUGCAUCUGCUAUUGUUCGCCAUCUCCUUGAAGAUCCACAGACACUGCAAACAGCAAUGGAAUUGGAGAUUCGCCAAGCCCUGAGUGGAAACAGGCAUGGUGGGCGCACUUCUGCACGAACAUUCUUGACAUCAAUGGCACCUGUAAUCUCUAGAGAUCCAGUAGUUUUUAUGAAAGCUGCUUCUGCAGUUUGUCAGUUGGAGACAUCAGGAGGUAGAACCUUUGUUCUGUUAUUGAAGGAAAAAGAGAAGGAAAAGGAAAAAUCUAAAGCAGUAGGUGAUGGGGCUGGAUUAUCUUCCAAUGAGUGUGUACGGAUUUCUGAAAAUAAGAUACAUGAUGGAUCUGGUAAAUGUGCAAAAAGUCACAAGAAGAUCCCUGCCAAUCUCACUCAAGUGAUAGAUCAGCUUCUUGAAAUAGUCUUCAAAUACCAUUUCCCAAAUAGCCUGGAAGACUAUUCGAAUAACCCAUCCGCUAUGGAAGUAGAUGAACCCACUAUGAAGGUGAAGGGUAAAUCAAAGGUUGACGAGACAAGGAAAGUGGAGUCAGAAUCUGAAAGAUCUGCAGGGUUGGCUAAAGUUACCUUUGUUCUCAAAUUACUGAGUGAUAUCCUUCUUAUGUAUGUACAUGCAGUUGGGGUUAUACUUAAACGGGAUUUAGAAAUGACUCAGUUGCGGGGAUCUAAUCAAACAGAUGGUCUUGGACAUGGUGGUAUACUUCACCAUGUAAUUCAUCGAUUGCUUCCACUCACCAUUGAUAAGUCUGCUGGACCUGAUGAAUGGAGAGACAAACUGUCCGAAAAAGCUUCUUGGUUCCUGGUAGUUCUGUGUGGUCGUUCCAGUGAAGGGCGCAGACGAGUAAUUAGUGAACUUGUAAAGGCUUUAUCCUCGUUUUCGAAUUUGGGAUGUACUUCCACCAAGAGCAUCUUAUUACCGGAUAAAAGCGUUUAUGCUUUUGUUGAUUUGGUGUAUUCAAUUUUGUCUAAAAAUUCAUCAUCCAGCAACUUAUCUGGUUCUGGGUUUUCACCAGACAUAGCAAAAAGCAUGAUAGAUGGGGGAAUGAUUCAGUGUCUGACUGGUAUCUUCCGGGUGAUUGACUUAGACCAUCCUGAUGCUCCCAAAACUGUGAAUUUGAUACUCAAGACGUUAGAAAGCCUAACAAGGGCUGCUAAUGCUAGUGAGCAAUACUUUAAAUCUGAUGAGACGGGCAAGAAAAAAUCCACAGGGUUGAAUGGAAGAUCUGAUGAUCAGGUAACUGCCCCAUCAGCUGAUACUACUGUGGGGGAUAAUCAGAAUGCAAGCAGUGAACAGGGUGUGAGAGACGUCAUACAGGUUGUUCAAGGGGAUCAAGGAACUUCUGAAAGUGAAGGUAAUCCUGAUGCAAAUCCGAACCAGUUGGUGGAACUAGAUAUGAGGAUAGAAGUUGAAGGACCAAUAGCUUCUAAUCCACCGAUGGAGCUUGGGAUGGAUUUCAUGCGUGAGGAGAUGGAUGAAGGUAAUGUACUACACAACACUGAUCAAAUUGAGAUGUCUUUUCGUGUUGAGAAUAGGGCAGAUGAUGACAUGGCUGAUUUAGAAAACGACAUGGGUGAUGAUGGUGAGGAUGACGACGAGGGAGAGGACAUGGCUGAUUUAGAAAAUGACAUGGGUGAUGAUGGUGAGGAUGAUGAGGAUGAUGAUGAGGGAGAGGAUGAGGAUGAGGAUAUAGCAGAGGACGGUGGUGGCAUGAUGUCACUUGCUGAUACUGAUGUGGAAGACCAUGAUGAUACCGGCUUGGGAGAUGGUUACAAUGAUGGGAUGAUUGAUGAAGAUGAUGAUGAUUUUCAUGAGAAUCGUGUCAUAGAAGUGAGAUGGAGAGAAGCCCUUGAUGGGCUUGAUCAUUUGCAGGUACUUGGACAACCUGGAGCUGGAACUGGUCUCAUUGAUGUUGCUGCUGAACCUUUUGAAGGUGUUAAUGUGGAUGACUUGUUUGGUCUGAGAAGGCCGAUAGGUUUUGAUCGCCGCCGUCAGACAAGUAGGUCUUCCUUUGAGCGAUCUGUUGCAGAAGCAAAUGGAUUUCAACAUCCUCUCCUUUUAAGACCAUCCCAGUCUGGGGAUUUGGUCUCAAUGUGGUCAGCAGGUGGAAAUUCAUCCAGGGAUUUAGAAGCUCUGUCAUCAGGGAGCUUUGAUGUUGCUCAUUUCUACAUGUUUGAUGCUCCUGUUCUACCUUAUGAUCACGUACCAAGCAAUCUUUUUGGUGACCGGUUGAGUGGUGCAGCACCCCCACCAUUGACUGAUUAUUCAGUAGGUAUGGACUCAUUGCAGUUAUCGGGGCGAAGAGGGCCAGGUGAUGGUCGAUGGACUGAUGAUGGCCAGCCUCAAGCAGGUCCUCAAGCUGCUGCUAUUGCACAAGCAGUGGAGGAACACUUUAUAUCGCAAUUACGCAGUCUUGCUCCAGCUGAUAUCCCUGCUGAACGACAGUCCCAGAACUCAGGAGUGCAGGAGAAACAGCCAGAUCUCCCUCCUUUAAGUGAUAGUCAAGUAGCAGGGGAGCGCAAUGACAGCCAUGAAAGAAACGAAGAUCAGCGUCAAGAUGGGGUUGAUGAAACAACACAUCAAGUUAACUCAAGUUCUAACACUGCUCCCUGUCAAGAACAAGUCAAUCCAGAAUCUAUAGUCGAAGGUGCAGGGGAGUUCUUACAGGUACCUGAACCAAUGUCAAUUAUGCCACCUUCAACUAACAGUACACCAAGCGAUAGCAUGGACAUUGGUGAUGGAAAUGGUGCUGCUGGUGAGCAAGUAGGGUCGGUGGCAGGUUCUGUCAACUCGUCUGCAGAAAUAAGUGCUGGUUUACAAUGUGAACGGGGUUCUGUGCCUUCUAAUCCCCAUGAUGUUACUGUGGAGGCUGUGGGUUAUGAUAGAUCCUCAAGAGCAGAGGGUCAGGUUGGUAAUGUGUCGGCAAGUUUGGGUUUCAAUGUGCCUAAUCCAGAUGAACCAUCAAGGGAAAACACAACUGUUGCUCCAGAAGCUAAUCAGGCUGAACAAGAUUUGAAUAAUGAGGCCGCUGGUGCUAAUGCAAUUGAUCCGACCUUCUUGGAGGCUUUACCUGAAUAUUUGAGGGCCGAAGUUCUUGCUUCGCAACAAGCUCAGCCAGUUCAACCUCCAUCUUCUGCGCCACCUUCUGCAGACGACAUUGAUCCUGAGUUUUUAGCAGCCCUUCCUCCAGAUAUCCAAGAUGAAGUUUUGGCUCAACAAAGAGCACAAAGGGUUGCACAUCAGGCUGAGGGACAACCAGUUGACAUGGACAACGCUUCAAUAAUUGCUACUUUUCCUGCUGAUUUACGUGAAGAGGUACUUUUAACUUCUUCAGAAGCAGUUCUGUCUGGAUUGCCUUCUCCAUUGCUCGCUGAAGCCCAAAGGCUAAGAGACCGAGCAAUGAGUCAUUAUCAGGCUCGCAGCCUUUUUGGAACCAGCCAGAGGCUAAAUAACCGGAGAAAUGGAUUGGGUUUUGAUCGGCAGAUGGUAAUGGACAGAGGUGUUGGAGUCACAAUUGGCCGGAGGGCAGUUUCUGCUCUUGCAGACAGCUUAAAGGUUAAGGAAAUCGAAGGAGAGCCACUUCUGGAUGCCGAUGAAUUGAAAGCUUUAAUUAGGCUGUUACGAUUAGCGCAGCCACUUGGCAAAGGACUCUUGCAGAGGCUCUUGUUGAACUUAUGUACCCAUAGUGUUACACGAGCAAUCUUAGUUCGUCAUCUGCUUGAUAUGAUCAAACCUGAGGCUGAGGGCUCAGUCGGUGGAGUAGCAGCUAUUAAUGCCCAAAGGCUUUACGGUUGCAAUUCAAAUGUUGUUUAUGGGCGAUCACAGUUGUUAGAUGGUCUUCCUCCCUUGGUGCUACGUCGAAUUCUUGAGAUCUUGACUUAUUUGGCCACAAAUCAUUCUGCUGUGGCAAAUAUGUUAUUUUUCUUUGAUUUCUCUGGUGUUCCUGAGUCAUUAAGCCCUAUCCGUAUGGAAACCAAGAAGGACAAAGGCAAGGAGAAAAUUGGAGAAGGAGGAUCUUCAUCAAAACAGUCUGGAAACACCCAGGAUGCGGACAUUCCCCUGAUAUUGUUCCUGAAGCUCCUGGACCGACCUCAUUAUGGCACUGCUGAUCUUGAGCAGGUGAUGGGCCUGCUUCAGGUUGUUGUGUAUACUUCAGCUUCAAAAUUAGAGGGCCAGUCUCAAUCUGAGAGGGCAGAUAAGCCAGUUGGUGAAGCUUCAGGAGAUGGUCAAAAGGUUCCUCCUUUGGAAUCAGAAUCUAAUCAGGGAGAGAAGCCUGUUAGUGGUGAAUCAUCAACUUCAGAUGUAAAGAGGAGUACGGAUACAUAUAAUGUUUUCUUGAAGCUACCAGGAUCUGAUCUACACAAUCUUUGCAGCCUUCUUGGUCGUGAGGGGCUUUCAGAUAAACUUUAUAUGCUUGCUGGUGAGGUCUUGAAGAAGUUGGCCUCAGUUGCAGCACCCCAUCGAAAACUAUUUGUCUCAGCGCUGUCAGAACUGGCUCAUCGUUUGAGUGCCUCAGCUGUUGGUGAGCUUGUCACUCUCCGGAACACACAUAUGCUGGGUUUGAGUGCUGGAUCAAUGGCUGGGUUAGCAAUCUUACGUGUAUUACAAGCACUUUGCUCUCUCACUUCACCUAGGGCUGGUGAGAAUUCAGGAUUGGAGAAUGAUGCGGAGCAGGAGGAGCAUGCCAUCAUGUGGAAGCUAAAUGCUGCACUUGAGCCACUGUGGCUAGAAUUAAGCAACUGUAUAAGUGCGACUGAAACAGCACUGGGUCAGAGUUCUUUUUGUCGAACCAUGUCUAUAGUAAAUACUGGGGACCAUGCACAGGGUUCUUCUUCGUCUCCUCUCCCUCCUGGAACCCAGAGACUCCUGCCUUUUAUGGAGGCCUUUUUUGUUCUGUGUGAAAAGCUACAAGAGAACCUCUCUACUAUGCUGCAAGACCAGGCGAAUGUGACUGCAAGAGAAGUCAAAGAGUCCUCUGGAAACUCAGAUCCUUCAACUACCAAGUGCCACAGUUGUGGGGAUUCUCAGAGAAAGCUUGAUGGUGCUAUUACAUUUACAAAGUUCGCUGAGAAGCAUCGCCGGCUUUUAAAUGCUUUUAUCAGACAGAAUCCAGGUUUGUUGGAGAAAUCCCUUACUAUGAUGCUGAAGGCACCAAGGCUAAUUGAUUUUGAUAACAAAAGAGCGUAUUUCCGGUCAAGAAUUAGGCAGCAGCAUGAGCAACAUCUCUCUGGUCCUCUGAGAAUAAGUGUUCGGCGGGCUUAUGUUUUGGAGGAUUCUUAUAAUCAGUUGCGCAUGCGGCCUACUCUGGACAUGAAGGGACGAUUAAAUGUCCAAUUCCAAGGGGAAGAGGGUAUUGAUGCUGGAGGUCUGACACGAGAGUGGUAUCAAUUACUGUCAAGGGUCAUAUUUGACAAGGGGGCAUUGCUUUUCACCACCGUAGGAAACAAUGCAACUUUCCAGCCUAACCCUAAUUCUGUCUACCAGACAGAACAUCUGUCUUAUUUUAAAUUUGUGGGCCGUGUGGUUGCAAAGGCACUUUUUGAUGGGCAACUUUUGGAUGUUUAUUUCACUCGAUCCUUCUAUAAGCAUAUACUCGGUGUAAAGGUGACUUACCAUGAUAUAGAGGCUGUGGAUCCUGAUUACUACAAGAAUUUAAAGUGGAUGUUAGAGAAUGAUGUGAGUGAUAUUCCUGACCUGACGUUUAGCAUGGAUGCGGAUGAAGAAAAGCAUAUCCUUUAUGAGAAAAACGAGGUUACUGAUUAUGAGCUGAAACCUGGAGGAAGAAAUAUUCGGGUUACAGAAGAGACGAAGCACGAGUAUGUUGACCUUGUAGCUGAACAUAUCUUGACAAAUGCUAUCCGACCUCAAAUUACUUCCUUCCUGAAGGGGUUUGAGGAAUUGGUCCCGCGAGAGCUUAUCUCUAUUUUCAAUGACAAGGAGCUUGAGCUACUUAUCAGUGGUCUUCCAGAGAUAGAUUUGGCUGAUUUGAAGGCCAAUACCGAGUACACUGGCUACACAUCAUCAUCUGAUGUUGUUAAAUGGUUCUGGGACGUGGUUGAAAGUUUCGACAAGGAGGACAUGGCAAGACUACUGCAAUUUGUGACUGGAACAUCAAAGGUUCCAUUGGAAGGUUUCAGGGCUUUGCAAGGUAUCUCUGGUCCUCAGAAAUUUCAGAUCCACAAGGCUUAUGGAGCUCCUGACAGACUACCUUCUGCUCAUACAUGCUUUAACCAGCUUGACCUUCCUGAGUACACCACCAAAGAACAGCUUCACGAACGAUUGAUACUUGCUAUUCAUGAAGCUAGUGAAGGAUUUGGCUUUGGUUGACAGAAAGAAUCUCAGCAGAUAUUUCCCCAGCAUUCCAGUCAUCGGUCGUAUAGUUAGCAUGUACAUGUGAAAGAACCGGUUCUGAAUUUUGUCUUCCAGAAUUACAGCAACUUCUGAGGAAACCGAUGGUGGAUUUUGUAAAGAAUUCCGAAAGCGUUAUCUAUUGACGGGAGGCCGGCAAGCUCCUCGGUGACAAUGGAUUGGAAUCUUAGAAAUUCUUUAGCGGAUUCUUUACAUGUCGGAAAAUUGGGGAUUCGGUACAGAUGGAUGUGGAUAGAAAAUCUGUUUUGGUGUUCAUAUUAGAUAUCUGUUUUAGAUUAGUCAGUUUUCACUUUCUCCUACCUGAAUGUUUGGUAAUAAGCCUAGGAACAUAUAUAUGUAUAAGUAAUUCCAGAUGGUUUCUUUUGGGUUUCAAUUUAUUUAAAGGCGAGAAGGUGAUUCCAA